GACGACGUGAUAGUUGGAGUGCAGUUUGAUUUCACGCUGGAGAAAGAAAUCCCAGCUGGAAAAAGCUCCUGUGAUCCCUUGUGAGAUCUGCAUGCAGGAUGCUGUCUCUAGACGAGAAUCAGCCAUUUUCUUCAACCAGAGAAACAUAAAGCUUCCAUUUACUGUAACGUCUGGAUGGAUGUGAUAACGGAGAUGUGUGAAGCUGACAUAAAUAUCAUGGAGAGAUGGACUGCAAGUGUCAAGAAGGAGGACUAUGAAUGGGAGUUUGACAACCUUAAACAGGACAGCCUGAGCAUUAAGAAUGAGGAGUGUGAACUGGGAUCAGUAGACGUUAAAGCAGAGGCUGAAGAGAACUCUGUCAACAUUGAGGCACACACAAAUAAAAGUGUGGAGAGUGUCAAGGAAGGCUACCUUCAUUAUGGAUGUCAAGAUGGAGCAAUGACUGGGUUAGUCUCUUCUGAAAGCAGACCAUGCUCAUCUGGCAAUGUAAUGUCUGAAUCAUUACAUUCAUCUGUUACAACUCAGAAAGACGAGCCACCACCUACAAAGCAGUCUGAUAAAGGAAACAAAGAUCACUGCUGUUCUGAAUGUGGCAAACGAUUCUCCAAAAGCAGUCAUCUUCAGAGCCACACUAGAAUUCACACAGGAGAGAAACCGUAUUACUGUUCUGAGUGUGGCAAACAAUUUCGUGUAAGGAGAGAUCUUCAGAGCCACGCUACCGUUCACACAGGAGAAAAGCCAUAUUGCUGUUCUGAAUGUGGCAAACGAUUCUGUUACAGGAGUGGUCUUUGGAGACAUAAACGAACUCACAUGGGAAAGAAGCCAUAUUGCUGUUCAGAGUGUGGCAAACAGUUCUGUGAAAAGAAGGAUCUUCAGAACCACACUACAAUUCACACAGGAGAGAAACCAUAUUGCUGUUCUGAAUGUGACAAACGAUUCUAUUACAGCAGUGGCCUUUGGACCCACACAAAAAUUCACACAGGAGUGAAGAAGAAUUAUUGCUGUUCUGAAUGUGGCAAACAAUUCCGCGAAAGGAGUGCUCUUCAGAAUCACAUUACAAUUCACACAGGAGAGAAGCCAUAUUCCUGUUCUGAAUGUGGCAAACAAUUCUAUUACAGGAGUGGUCUUUGGAGACACAAACGAAUUCACGCUGGAGAGAAGCCUUUUACUUGUUUGGACUGUGGCAAACAAUUCUCUGACCGGAGUACUCUUCAGACCCAUAUUAGAAUUCACACAGGAGAGAAGCCAUUUUCCUGUUUGAAAUGUGGCAAACAAUUUUGUGACAGGAGUAAUCUUCGGACCCACACUAAAACUCACACAGGAGAGAAGCCAUUUUCCUGUUUGGAAUGUGGCAGAAAAUUCUAUGAUGACGGUGAUCUGCAGAGACAUAUUCGAAUUCACACUGGAAAAUUCACUAAAGAAAAACGAGCAUACUUUAAGACUCAAGAGUGAGAUUCAUUCCCGUCUUGAUAAUUUACCAGACUAAACCAUUGUUGAGAAAUUAGUCCCCUGCCAAAAGUCCUAAAGAGUAAAUUAGACAUGGAAGGAGUCAAAAGUCUUGAUGAAUAAUUUCAUGUAGUGGGCCUUAAUUGUGAAAGAUUCAUACUCCAUCUCAUCAAGGCAAAACUACAUUCUUCAUGUGAAAAUGAUGAAUAAUAAAUCAUAGUGGAUGAACAUCUCCCCUGAUCAAAAGGUGCUCAACCCCCAAACCGCCUCAGCACUAGGGUAGGUGAUGGUGAUAGCAACUUUGAAACAUUUUCAGAUAAAGAGAAGACAUCAAUGGCUGUGACGGUCCAAAUGGGCGGUGUUGCUUGUCACACACACAAUAGAACACACACUAAUUAAUGGCUUUGUGGAAGGGCUGAGGGCACAAAAAGUUCAAUCAAAAUUCUAAUAGUCGAAAUUGCAGUAUUCCCUAUUAACAUACCUUAGCAUCACAAUGCCAAACAUUAAACUCAAAGCUUUGGCCGAAGCACAAAAGUUAAGAAGAUUCAAAUGGAAACAUAAUGAAUGGGUGCAGAACAGACUAUUAAAGGAUCAAUACAAAAAAAGUUCUAUGGUGGACCUGAAAGUAUCUAUAUUACCUGACAAAGAAACUGUAGAAUGUUGGGGAAGCAUUGAUGGAAAUUCUCAAAAGUAACAACAAAGAAAGAACACGGAUAACUAGACUACAAACGGAAACGGGAAUAACCCAGUUGCAAGACAUGUCAUGAACAGUGGUAAAAACAGAAGAGGUCAAAAUACAAAUUCAAAACUCCUGCUAACUGGAAGAAAUCCAAUCCAGAUGUACCUAACUUCUAACAACAUCUAGAAUUAGGAUAUGGCUAACUGUAAAAAUAUGAUGAUGUAACAGCUAGAGAUAACUACAUAGCAUCUCACUACAGGGAGAAGCCUUCCUGCUCUCAAAACUGUAAAAUCCAACAUACUUUCCAAAAAUCUGAAUUUAUAAACACCUGGAAUCAAAACAACCUGAUGACUGUAGAACAGAAUGGAAUAAAAGACAGUCAUAAGGAACUUACUAGCAACUACUGGUCAUGGAAUUCUGCAAGAAAGGCAAAAAUCUUGGUGUUUUGUGGGUCAAUGGACGUGUAUAAAAUCAAUGACCAAUAAACAGAUCACAAUCCCAAACAUUAAAAUAAAAAGAGGAAUAUUUCAAGGGGACUCAUUUCACUCCCAUGUUACUGUCUGGCAUUAAGCUCAGUCUUUAGUUUAACAUCAGUACUCACAAUCAGAUUGUCACUCCUCUCCUAUGGAUGACCUCAAACUGUACAGAUCCAGAAGCUGAGAACUGGAGGAUCAGUUACACUUUAUAAAUGAAUUUUGAAGUGAUAUUAAAAUAACAUUUGGGCUUGACAACUGUGUCAAAGAAACCUUCAGUGAUGAGAAAUUAACAUCUACUGAAAAUUUUGAACUUCAUUAGAACUGUGUUAUCAGAAACUUGAAAUUAGAGAAGAUACUUAUUGUUGCUUGGGAUUUAUUUAAGGAAUAAGCCAUAAGUCAAGAUAGGUAGACAGUAAGCGGAAACAAAAAAGGAUCCUCAAGAGCUCCCUCCCAACACAAGAAAAGUCCAACUUUACACCAAUUUUUAAACUCCAGCCCUACCUUACAGUUUUAGAAUAAAAAUGAUCUUCAAAAACUGUGCACCAAAAGAAGAAAAGUGCAGCCUGCCUACGAACAAUUUUACUAGAAUUUGCGAAUUUCAGUAAUUUACACACCAAGGUCAGGAGCAGCCAUGAGAUUGAAGUCAAGUACCCAUGGACUGUAGAUCAGCAAUAACCUGAUGAACUCCAAGGCCCCCACAUGUAUUAAACUACAAAUGAAGAAAAUCCAAAGCAACCUUCAUAAUAAACCCUGCUCCAUUAUUCAUAAACUGUAAAGGAGUAACAGAAACUCCUCCAUCUUAUGCAAGGGUUAACGCAGAACAAUACACUAAGCAACAGGACCAAUAACUUGAAAAAAUUAGACCAACAGAAAAGCAAACCCAUGUGGCAAUGCAGCAACUACAGUGGGGAAAUAUCAACAACAUUCCAUUAGGUGGCUCUUAAUGAUUGACCUUUGACUGAAAGAUGAGUGCCUAACCAUGGCUGCAAAAGACAGUGGCCUGUGCACAAGGUAGGUGAGGGCAUCAAUAAAAAUCUAGCACAAAAGAGAAAUUCUGUUUCUGCCAAGGAGAGCUAGACACUAUCAAAAAUCCGGUUGCUGGGCGUGCAAUACAAAUAGCUGAAGGAUUACACACUGAAAGACAACACAGUUACCCGGCUAAUUCAGUGCAAUUUCUGCAGAAAAAAACAACAUCCCAGCAUCCGAGAGACACAGAGACCACAUUCCAGACCACAUCACAGAGAGUGAAAAGGUGUUGGACACGUGGAACGCACCGAUUCCAACUGACAGAAAAACAGAUGCCAGAAAACGGGAUAUAAUUAUCAAGGAGAAAGAAAACAGUCCAAGAAAGCCUAAAUCAAGAGGUAUCAGUCUCAAGGGAAUACUCGUUACAAUAAAAUGGAGAGGCCCAAAUAAGGAAAUGCAAGCCAGUAUGUACCAAAUGUCAAACAAACAUUUAAAUAACGCCAGUGUUUUUGGGAUUUUUAUUUAGUUGCAAAUAGUAGAAAUCUAUGAAGAUGUUUUGAUGGAGACACAGGACACUUUUUAAAGCGUCUAGCAGCUAUACGAGAGCUCCAUGAAGGGUCCAGUUUCAGAUUUUACAAAGUAGAAGGGAGAGCUUUGCAAUUGUCCAGUUUUUCAAUUGAGCAGAGUGCUUUACAAAAAAAUUUGAUUUAAACCAGCAACUGAACUAAGAAAAACCCUUUCGAGAAAAACAAAAUCCUAAAAGAAGGUAUUCACUUUCCCCCUUCCUUCUCAUCCAAAAUGAGCACAACGUGAAACACCAGGCCUAUCCUCUCUUAGCAGAGUGCACUAUGACGUUUUUACAGACGCGUUGAAAAUGUUGCUUAAUCAUUAUCACUCACUCAAGGUUAUUUUCUUGUGGAAAUCAAAAGGUGCACUUCUGAUUAAGCGAAAACACUCAGAAUCCUGCAUUGCUUUUCAGCUUUCCCAGCUAACACUGCACUCGUAUUUAGUUUUUAAAGACCACCUGAAAUCUGUCGGCUUUAAAAACUGAAGGUAUCUCUCAUGCAGAAGCUCUUUAUGGCUGUGCUAAAUGUAAUGAAAGAUUCUGACACCUGCGUGGCAAACCACACAAAUGAGAAGCUUGUCCUGCUGAUGUUAACAUGAUAAACUUUUCUGCACCAGUAGCAUUUUUUAAACCCACUGGAAAAUUCAUACCUGAGAAAAUGAAUUGGGAACUAAGCGGAAAAACUUGAGUGAACAUGUGCAGAUAUAUAUGGAACCUGCUGUGAAGCAAUGUUGGACUGGCAGUAAAGAGAAAUGCUUUGAGGAAUUGAGAAAAUACGGAAUGAGUGAAACUGACAAGGAGAUCAUUACAAGUGGCACAAGUCCUCAAGAGAAAAUCUUCUCUGGUAUAAACUAGAACCAAAGAUAAACAAGUGGCACAGACUCACUUAUGUCCAAAAUGGAUAGCAGAAUGUUAGGGGGCCAGGAAAAUCCAUACAAAGAGUGAAGGGGCAUCAUUGAUACAGGAAAAAAGUGGCCCAGGAAAUAAAGGAAAACCUCCUGGAUCUCAUUGAGACAGACAAGUAGGGAGAAGCUGCAGGAGAGAUGAUUAAACUGCACCAAACAUAACCUUAUAUGUAAGGGAAACAUGUCAGUAACUGAAAUACAGUGAUCCCUCCUCGAUCACGGGGGUCCAGAACCCCUGGCGAAAGGUGAAAAUCCGCAAAGUAAAAACCA